CAAGCAGCUGUUUUGGGUUUGAAAUUCCAACAUGGCAGAGGCUGCAGUCCGUCUUCCCUUCAAAAACUUGGAAUGAUUUCAAAUCAUAGGCACCUUCACUUAACCCGAGCUUCCAUUCAUCAGCAAACACAUCGGAUCGAUGCUACGCUAACCUAUCGGGUGCUCGCUCCGCGCGUUCAGGUUAAAUGAAUACCUGACGAAAGGGCCCACGUUUCAAGGCAGUGACAUUUGAUAGCUGAGAGGAAAAGUGGCUUUAAUGAAAAGCAACCUUUGGAAUUCCUGCUUGUGAGAAAUCCAAUUCAGCUUUUUGUGCUGCCAGCAAGAAAUGAUCAGUAGCACCAGUGUUUAUGGCUUGAAGAUGCAGUGGACGCCGGAGCAUGCCCAGUGGCCAGAACAGCACUUUGACAUCACCUCCACCACUCGGUCUCCAGCGCACAAAGUCGAAGCCUACAGAGGGCAUCUGCAGCGCACCUACCAGUAUGCCUGGGCCAAUGACGACAUCUCUGCUCUGACCGCAUCCAACCUGCUGAAGAAAUAUGCCGAGAAGUAUUCUGGCAUCUUAGAAGGCCCCGUGGACCGGCCGGUGCUGAGCAACUACUCCGACGCCCCGUCGGCCCUGAUGAACGGUCGCAAGACGGAAAGUGAACCCUGGCAGCCUUCCUUGAAUUCCGAAGCCGUUUAUCCUAUGAACUGUGUCCCCGAUGUCAUCACCGCCAGCAAAGCUGGCGUCGGGGCAGCCCUCCCGCCCGCAGACGUCUCUGCAAGUAUCGGGAGCUCGCCCGGGGUGGCCAGCAGCCUGACGGAACCGAGCUAUUCCAGUAGCACCUGCGGGAGCCACACUGGCCCGAGCCUCCACGCGGGGCUCCCUUCUCAGGAAUAUGCCCCCGGCUACAACGGCUCGUACCUGCAUUCAACGUACAGCAGCCAGCCAGCACCUGCACUUCCGUCCCCGCACCCCUCGCCCCUGCACAGCUCUGGGCUCCUGCAGCCCCCGCCGCCGCCCCCGCCGCCGCCAGCCCUGGUCCCAGGCUACAAUGGGACGACGAACCUCGCCACGUACAGCUACCCCUCUGCUAGCUACCCGCCUCAGACUGCGGUGGGCCCUGGGUACAGCCCCGGAGGGGCACCCCCGCCCCCGUCAGCAUACCUGCCUUCAGGAAUCCCCGCGCCCACCCCUCUGCCCCCCACCACCGUUCCUGGCUACACCUACCAGGGUCACGGUUUGACGCCCAUUGCACCGUCGGCCCUGACCAACAGUUCAGCCAGUUCUCUCAAAAGGAAAGCCUUCUAUAUGGCAGGGCAAGGAGAGAUGGACGCCACUUAUGGAAAUUACAGCUAUGGCCAACAGAGAUCUACACAGAGUCCUAUGUACAGAAUGCCCGACAACAGCAUUUCAAACACAAAUCGGGGGAAUGGCUUUGACAGAAGUGCUGAAGCAUCAUCCUUAGCAUUUAAGCCAACGAAGCAGCUAAUGUCCUCUGAGCAGCAAAGGAAAUUCAGCAGCCAGUCCAGCCGGGCGCUGACCCCCCCGUCCUACAGCACUGCUAAGAAUUCGUUGGGGUCGAGAUCCAGUGAGUCCUUUGGAAAGUACACGUCGCCGGUCAUGAGUGACCAUGGGGACGAGCACAGGCAGCUCCUCUCGCACCCGAUGCAAGGCCCGGGACUCCGUGCAGCUACCUCAUCCAGCCACUCCGUGGACGAGCAACUGAAAAAUGCCGACGCACACCUCAUUGACCUGGUCACCAAUGAGAUUAUCACGCCAGGACCUCCCGUGGACUGGAGCGACAUUGCGGGCCUCGACCUAAUAAAGGCCGUCCUUAAAGAGGAGGUUUUAUGGCCGGUGUUGAGGUCAGACGCAUUCAGCGGGCUGACGGCCUUACCGCGGAGCAUCCUUUUCUUUGGGCCUCGGGGAACAGGCAAAACUUUGUUGGGCAGAUGCAUCGCUAGUCAGCUGGGCGCCACGUUUUUCAAAAUUGCUGGUUCCGGGCUAGUGGCCAAGUGGUUAGGCGAAGCCGAGAAAAUCAUCCAGGCCUCCUUCCUCGUGGCCAGGUGUCGCCAGCCCUCGGUGAUUUUCGUUAGUGACAUUGAUAUGCUUCUCUCCUCACAGGUGAGCGAGGAGCACAGUCCAGUCAGUCGGAUGAGAACCGAGUUUCUGAUGCAGCUGGACAGUGUACUGACUUCGGCUGAGGACCAAAUCGUAGUCAUUUGUGCCACGAGUAAACCAGAAGAAAUAGACGAAUCUCUUCGGAGGUACUUCAUGAAGCGACUUUUAAUCCCACUUCCUGACAGCACAGCGAGGCACCAGAUAAUAGUCCAACUGCUCUCACAGCACAAUUACUGUCUCAAUGACAAGGAGUUUGCACUGCUCGUCCAGCGCACGGAAGGCUUUUCUGGACUGGAUGUGGCUCAUUUGUGUCAGGAAGCAGCGGUGGGCCCCCUCCACGCCAUGCCAGCCACAGACCUUUCAGCCAUUAUGCCCAGUCCGUUGAGGCCGGUUACAUAUCAAGACUUUGAAAAUGCUUUCUGCAAGAUUCAGCCUAGCAUAUCUCAAAAAGAGCUCGAUAUGUAUGUUGAAUGGAACAAAAUGUUUGGUUGCAGUCAGUGAUAAGUUCUUUACAAAAAAAUGUAAUGAAUGUUGGCACACACACACAUAAAAACCUGCUACAUAGGGUAGAGAGCCCCUUUCCAGUAGUGUUUCAAUCGCAAAGGGCACCGGGGAAGACGACAAUGACGCCCCAUCUUUAGAGUCAGGGUAGUCUUGGGAGGAAAAGCGCAUCACAGGAAAGCUUCUGAUUUGAAAGCCCCAGACAGAGAGCAGAUGUGGAUGCUCAAUUCGGUUCCAGCUAGACAACACUCACCAAGGAGCAAGGUGCAAGUGUGUUGAUUUGAGAAGGACAUGAGCCUCGUGUGUUGAUUCCAUUCUGCUGUUCUCGAGAUUUAGUUGCUGUCAAGUGCCUGGAGUGGUGCUUUAUGUUUUUGUUUGCCUCACAAUUACCUUGGUGGCAUGUGCUAAUAUAAAGAGCUUUAACUUCAAACAUUAUUGGACUAAAGAGAUGAACAGUUGUGUGACGACAGAAAACCAGAUUUUUUGCCAUUUUAAGAGCAACAGUAUUCCUCAAUCCUGUCUGUUCUGCAGUAUUCAGCUAAGAACAGGUAAAACAGGGUAACGGUAAUCUGGACCUUAAUUUCUGCAGUUCAUUUCUUUUAAUGUUCUUGUCUGCAAAAACUCAGGAAAGCGAUUGUGAUUUGUACAGUACCUCAAAGGAAUGCGUUGAAAGCACUCUGUACUGCUGAGAGAAAUAGGCUAAGCUUCAUUGUUCCUUUAUAUGAAGAUGUAUGUUUACCUCAACAAUUGGAAAAUAGCAAGGGAAAAUUACUUUGAAUGUAUCCGGAAAAAUACUGACGUGUGAUACAACUGAAUACCAACAAUUUAACGUUAAA